AUGAAGGAAUCCACAACUGAUGCCGCACCACGUGUGCAGAUCUACCCCCAGCACACCGACUGCUUCUUCAAGGACCGCCACUACCUGCACCACGAGUGGGCGCUCUUCCUCCGCGGGGAGGCGCGCGCGGGGGGAGCGGCGGAGGCGGGGGCAGAGGGGGGGACAGAGGGGAGGGCAGAGGGAGGGGGAGGGUUGGCUAGGGACGGGGAUGCAGGCGCAGGAGCGGGGAGCGCAGGAGGCGGUGGUGGGUGUGGUGGCAGCAGGGGGGGGUGUGUGUGCGAGCGGUGCGUUGCCAUCAGACGAGUGGUGCUGGAGUGCUCCCGGAUUCCCCCUGUAUUUCCCCAAUCCUCCCCCCAUGUUCCCCUGUUCCCCCUGUCCUUCCCCCAUCCCCCCUGUGCCCGCGUGGAGGCCAGGUGGGGUGCGGGGCGGGAAACACGGUGUUCCCGCUGCUCGCCGACGACCCGCACCUCUUCGCCCUCGCCUGCGACUUCUCCCCUCGCGCUGUUGCGCUCGUCACCGUGCGUUGAGGGGUUGAGAUGGGUGUACAUGGUUGGGGGAGGGGUGCAGCGGAUGGUGGGAAGGGGGAGGUGUGCGGACAGGGAGGUGUGUGCGUGUGGUGGCUUGCGUGUUGCUUUGCUGCUGGCUCACAUGCUGUGUGCUCUGAUGACAGCACCCUCACGGCCAGCCUCUCUGUGUCAGUCCCUCUCUCUCCCUCUGCAUGUGUGUGUGCGCGUGCGCACGUGCAUGUAUGUGUCUCUCCCUCUGCAUGUGUUUGUGCUAUCUGCCAUUUCACCUGAGAAGAUGCCUCUCGCCGUCGCCAACGUCGCCACUGUGCUCUCAUUUGCUCGCACCCACCAUGUGCCCCGUCCCACCACAUCCCAUGGCGUGGCGUGGCGUGGCAUGACAUGCAGCCAGGCGGGCAUGUGUUGGUUAGAGACUAUGCUGCUGGCGACCUUGCUCAGCCACGCCACCGUGCCGUGCCAUCAGGAGCGGUUGAGGCGCAAGGAGCAGCGCAUCGCCGACAACUUCUAUGUGCGCGGGGAUGGCACCCGAGCGUACUACUUCACGGAGGGGGCGCUGGGAGAGCUGUUUGCGGGGGCGGGCAUGCAGUGCGUGCACAUGGGCGUGUGUGAACGCACCGUCACCAACCGUGCACGACAGAUCGACAUGCACAGACGGUGGAUCCAAGCAGUCUUCCGCCUCCCCCUCGCUGCUACUGCCGCUCCUGCUGCUCCUUGUGAUGCGGCUGCCACUGCUUCGGAGGAUGUUGAGGCAAGGGGGACGAAUGGCAGGGAAGGCGGGGAGGAGGAGAGAAGAGGAAGUGGGAGCAGUGUUGUGCGAGGGGACGGCAAUGGCAGGGAAGGCGCACGCACGGAGGAGGGUGGCACAGAGGAGGGCGGCAGGGGCGGCAGUGACAGUGCAUGUGAGGUGGACUGCAGCAGCCUCUUUAUCUCCGACCCUCCCCUAGAGGUGCUCCUUUCUCCCUCCCCUCUCUUCUUCGCCCUUGUCGCCCCUGUCCCCAUCCCUUCUCUCCUCUCCACCUUAUCUAUUCCCACCACCUCAUCCACCCUCCCAAGCAUCUCUUUCCCCCCACCCAUUGCUCCCCCAGGACCACGCCCUGUCCCUAGCACACCUGCCGCUGCGCGUGCGCCUGCUAUCGCGGGAGCACCAGCACGUGCACGGCAGCACGGGACGCCUGCUGUGGGAGUCCUCGCAGGUGCUGGCGGCGCUGCUGCUCGCCCACCCCGCCCUCACCCGCCACGCCACCGUCCUCGAGCUCGGCGCGGGCGGCGCUGCGCUCUGCUCGCUUGCAGCCACUCAGGCGCGCCACGUGUCAUUGUGGCGACGGAUGGGGACGAGAGUGCUCUGAGCCUGCUGCCGGGGAAUCUGGAGCUGAAUGCGGGGAGCUUUGAGACGGGCAGGAUCAAGGUGUGCCGGCUGCGAUGGGGCAAUGAGGGCGACGAGGCAGCAGUGAGGCAGCUGCUUCCCUCUGAUGAUGUGGUUGGGGCGGAACAGGGUCGAGUGCAGGAGGAGAGAGGGAGCAGCACAGCCGGUACAGAAGGGAGCGACGCGCGCACAGCCCCUGUGGGAGGCAGCAGUAUGAAGGGAGACGAUACCGAGGCUGCUUAUACCACACCGCAGCAGGGGAGGGGGUUUGAUGUGAUCCUAGGAGCCGAUGUGGUGUAUGUGCGUGCCGCCGUGCCGCUGCUCUUCCAGUCUGCCGCCCGCCUCCUGGCACGCCGGGACGGGAGCGGGGGGCGUGUGCCGGUGCUGCUGCUGUGCCACAUCACACGCCAGGUGCUCGAGCCCAAGGUGCUGGCAGCAGCGGCAGCAGCGGGGUUAGAGGUGGCGGAGGGAGAGGUGGCAGAGCGGGUAGGGGGAAGUGUGGAGCGGGCGAUGCAGGCAGCGUUGGGGACGGUGUUUCCUGGUGAAGGCAGAGAUGCCUCCCUCUUCCGCCUCCUCUGCUUCCGUGCCUCCAGAUUGCCUUAG